GUGGGGCUCCCGCUCUCCCUCGGGCUGCCAGGAGGGCUUCUCCCCGCCAGGAGGAAGGUGCCACCAGGAAAACCUUUGCACAAAGUUCUGCUUGCAGGAUCCAAUCUGGGUCAGUCACCAGGACCAGAGGUUUCGUCUUCUCAGCUUUUGGACUCAUGCUGGAGCCCCUCCUCUUGCCCAUCGUUCAACCUUUUGGCCAAAGUUCUGCUUGUUCGAAUUUCCUCCAAUAGAAAGUCGUGGAAGUGAGCAGCCCCUGGAGACUAUGCAGAGGGGGGAACACGUUGGCCAAAGUUCCCCCCAGAGGAAUCAGGAGAGAGACUCCAAAUGCUCCGAUUGUGGGAAAUCCUUUGCUUACCGGUCCCUCCUUUUGAUCCACCGGAAGCUGCACAUGGGGAAUGGAUCUCAACUGUGUUUCCUUUGUGGGAAAUCCUUUCUUGGAGUGUGGAGCUUUGCCAAACAUCUCCGGAGCCACCCUGGACUGAAGCCUUACAAAUGCGGAGAGUGCGGGGAGCGUUUUGCUAAAGGCUCGGACCUUGGAGCCCAUCAGCGAAUCCACCAGGGAAAGAGAUCUCAGGAGUCCUGGAAGCGCUGGGGAAGAUUUCCUGAGAGACGGCAUCAAUGUGUGCAAUGUGGCCUGUGCUUUUCCCAAACCUCGCAGCUGCUUAAACAUCAGCAAAUCCACACGGCAGGGAAACCUUAUCAAUGUCUGAAGUGUGGGAAAUCUUUCCAUUGUAAACAAUUGUUUAGAAGACAUGAGAAAAUUCACACAGCGCAGAGUCCUUAUAAAUGCCUGGAAUGUGGGAAGUGUUUCACUCAGAACUCAUCUCUUUGCCAACAUAAUAAAGUACAUACAAAGGACAAAAGCAAAACGUGCCUAGAAUGUGGGAAAUCAUUUUCCAGCAAAUCAUGUCUGCUGAAACAUCAGAGAAUUCACACUGGGGAGAAAUCCCACAAAUGCCAAGAAUGUGGGAGAUGUUUUGGCAGAAAGUCAAACCUAAUUCGACAUCAGAGACUUCACACUGGGGAUAGACCCUAUAAAUGCCCAAAGUGUGAGAAAAGAUUUGUGGAGUCUGCUGAACUUCGGAGACACCAAAGAACACACUGGGGAAAAAAACUAUAUAAAUGUAAAUCACACCUAAUUCGACAUCAGAGAAUUCACACUGGGGAAAUACCCCAUCAGUGCCCAAAAUGUGGGAGAUGUUUUGGCUAUAAAUCAUGUCUAAUCAGACAUCAGAAAAUUCACACCGGAGAAAGACCCCAUCAGUGCCCAGAAUGUGGGAGAUGUUUUGGCAGAAAGUCUCACCUAAUUCGACAUCACAAACUUCACACUGAAGAAAAACCCUAUCAAUGCCCAGAAUGUGAGAAAAGAUUUGUCAAUUCUUCUCGCCUUCAGAGACACCAAAAGACGCACAGGAGAGAAAAGCUAUAUAAAUGUAAGGAUUGUGAUAAAUGUUUUUUAAAAAUGUCAUAUCUUUCUCAACAUCAGAGUAUCCAUACAGGGGUGAAGCCCUAUAUGUGCAUUGAGUGUGGAACAUUUUUUCGUACAAUACAAAUCCUUAGAAAUCAUGUGAAUGUUCACAGAGGAGAAAAAUUAUUCAAAUGUUUAGAAUGUGGGAAAGCAUUUGGUCGUUCAUCAUCUCUUAGAAUUCACUGCCAAACCCACACGGGUGAGAAAUGCCACAAAUGCUCAGUGUGUGAGAAAUCUUUUACCCGUAAAGAUACACUUUGGAUGCAUCAGAGAAGCCACUUAGAGAAGCAAUAUAAAUGUCCAGAGUGUGAGAAAUCUUUUCGUUGCAAAUAUUAUCUUAGAAAACAUGAGAGGAUUCACAAAGGAGAGAAGCCUUCCAAGCCUGUGCAAAAAAAUGAAAAGUGCCCAGAAUGUGGGAGAUGUUUUAACACAAAGUCACAGCUAAAUCAACAUCGGAGAGUUCACACUGGAGAAAGACCCCAUCAAUGCCCAGAAUGUGGGAGAUGUUUUGCCAACAAAUCAUGCCUGCGGAAACAUCAGAGAAUUCACACCGGAGAAAGACCCCAUCAAUGCCCAGACUGUGGAAGAUGUUUUGUUCAGAAGGGACACCUAAUUCGACAUCAGAAACUUCACACUGGAGACAGACCCUAUCAAUGCUCAGAAUGUGAGAAAGGUUUUGUGGAUUCUGCUGGACUUCGGAGACAUCAGAAGAAGCACACAGGAGAGAGGCCCUAUAAAUGUGGGGAAUGUGGCAAAGGUUUUCUUAGAGCAACACAGCUUCAGGUUCAUCAGAGAACCCACAUGGGGGAGAAGCCAUACCCGUGUAUGGAGUGUGGGAAAGGUUUUUCCCGAAAAGAACACCUUGGAAGGCAUCAAAAGGUACAAGGAAAUGCAAGAGUGGUUUCCAUGUAGGAGGAAAUCUAGACAGUUUUCUUUACCCAAAGCAGUCAAUUUUCCCAUCCAUUCUUCCAUUCUAAGUAUAUAUGAGUCCUUCCAUCUCUGUGCGAAGAGAGCUUUGCAGCUGUGGUCAGAUAGAAAAAAAAGUUCCAAGGUUCCUUCACUCUAGCCAUCUAUCAAAUCUAGAAGAAAAGCUGCUGGUUCAAGUAAAUUCGGGAAAGCCUAUUCAGGCUCCUAAGAUAAAUCCCUCAUGGAAAUUGCCUUCUCUUUUCAUUGCAACCGCCUGACAGGGCAGGCCCAUCUUCCUCUGCCUGCCCAGCUCCCUCUCCCUGACAUUCUGAUGGUCUCCCAUUCAGAAGAGAAGAGCAUGAUUUGAGGCUUGGAUGGCAUGUUUUUUUAUGAUACAAUAAAGGUAAUGUAGACUUUUAAAAA